AUGGCGAGGAUGCAAAAUGAAAGCAAUUUACAAGUAACAUUCUCAAAACGACGCGAUGGAGUCUUUAAAAAGGCAACUGAGCUCUCCACUUUUUGUGGUGCUGAUGUUGUUGUUGUAGUUUUUUCUCCUAGCAAAAAACCAUAUUCAUGUGGACACCCUUCCGUUGAGUCUAUUAUGAAUAGAUUUUUGGGAGAAAAUCCUUCGACUGAUACUGCUGCUCCUAACCCCAUCGUUAUUGCUCAGCAAAAUACUAAUACUGAUGAGAUCAAUAUGAAGCUAAACAGAUUGGAGAUUUCAUUGGCCUUGGAAGUUGGAGAUGAAGAAAUUGAAAGAGUAGUGAGCAUAAAAAAGGAGCGUGGUUCUGAAUCUCCAUAUCAAACCAUUGGAAGUGCAUUUGCUCCUCUAAGAGUUAUAGAACAUUGUUCGUCUGAUUCCGAUGAAGCAAUGAAUACAAGAAGGGCUAAUGCAAGAAGGGCACAAGAGGAGAAUGUGAAUGAGGAGGUUUCCCCUCAAGCUCCUCAAGACCCUCAAGAUCCUAAUGAUGAAGGGGUCAUGACUAAUGUGGAGAUAAGGGCGGCUUUUCAAACUUUGACCCAACUCAUGACUGUUCAAACUUAA